UUAUUGCGGAUCCUACUUCUGUGCUCUAGAGAUGGACAUUGAGCAAAAGCAAGAAGAGAUCAUCGAUCAUUUCGUGAAGCAAGCCUCGUCUCUCGAAGGCUCUGCCCUCGGCUCCCUCGUCGUCGAAGCCCCCUCGCACCCUUCUCUCUUCGCCUUCUCCGAGAUUCUCGCCGUUCCUAAUGUUCUUCAGCUUGAAGGAACAGAGACUUCUGUGAACCUGGAUGUUCUUCGCUUGUUUUCACAAGGAACAUGGAGUGACUACAAGAGUGAUGCCAGUCGUCUUCCCCAAUUGGUCCCUGAUCAAGUCCUAAAGCUGAAGCAGCUCACUGUUCUUACACUAGCUGAGACAAACAAGGUACUACCAUAUGAUCAACUAAUGCAGGAGUUAGAUGUUAUAAAUGUACGUGAGCUCGAGGAUUUUCUCAUUAAUGAGUGCAUGUAUGCGGGCAUAGUAAGAGGAAAGCUUGACCAGCUGCGGAAGUGCUUUGAGGUCCAGUUUGCUGCAGGGAGAGACCCCAGACCUGGACAACUUGGGAGUAUGAUACACACACUGUCAAACUGGUUGGAUACCUCAAACAAUCUUCUUAUCACGAUUCAAGAGAAGAUGAAGUGGGCUGAUACUAUGACUGAAUUGGCCAAGGAACACAAAAAAGAAGUCGAAGAUAGGGUGGAAGAAGUAAAGAAGUCCUCUUCCCACAAGGCCGACAUUGACUUCCGGGGGCACGAGGAGAUUUACUCCGAACCUGGUGGAGUGAUGGACUAUGAGGAAGACCGAAGUAGACCAAAGAGAAUCAUGUGUACUUACUUAUCAAGCCAACAGGAUGCGUGUGUCAAACGUAGCCAUUUUGCAAGACUACUAAGGCGACGCCGUGUUGAAGAGGCUCCGAUGAAGCCACCACCUGAGGUAAUUGGUUAGACAAAUUCUCGAUCGAGAUGCUAUAAUCAGGGCCAGCCCAGGGUGACGUCGAAAAUAGACCCUCUAUAUAUAUAUACCAUACAAGAAAAAUCUAUGUGAAUGUAGAUAUUGUAAAAUGAGAGAUGUCUAUAAAAGCAUUGGAGUACUAAAAAGAACCUGCUUAUUUUAUAUACAUCUCUCUAUAAGAAACGAAGAAAGACCCAAAAAGAAGGAAACACACAAUGCUAAGAUUCGAAUUGGGAGGACUUGAAUUCAUAUAGGGUAUUUUUAUAA